AUGGAGGGAGCGCCGGCUAGAGCUUCGGCGCAGGGCGCGGCCAUUGGUGACGCACGCCUGGGAGCACAGUGCCUACGUUUCCACCAUUAGCGAGGCCUCACACCCGGCGCUCCAAGUUCGGGGCUGGAGGCGUCCCCGCUUCCUCCCUCCCGGAGGCGGGCCGUCCCCGCCCCCGAGCCCCGGUCGUUCCCCGCGGCCCCGCCUACCUCCUACUCCUGGCCUCCCCCGGCGCAGCGCCCUCCCCGCCGGCCGCAGCCUGACACGCCGCGCGGCCCCCAGUCUCCGCGGCCGCCUCCCCCAGGCAUGGCACAGGGCCUCGCCUCACUAUGGCAGCAGCACGGCACAGCACGCUCGACUUCAUGCUCGGCGCCAAAGCUGAUGGCGAGACCAUCCUAAAAGGUCUACAGUCCAUUUUCCAGGAACAGGGCAUGGUGGAGUCGGUGCAUACCUGGCAGGACCAUGGCUACCUAGCAACCUACACAAACAAAAAUGGCAGCUUUGCCAAUUUGAGAAUUUAUCCACAUGGAUUGGUGUUGCUGGACCUUCAGAGCUACGACAGUGAUACCCAGGGCAAAGAAGAAAUUGAUAAUCUUUUGAACAAAAUAGAAGAGAGAAUGAAAGAAUUGAGUCAGGCCGGUAUUGGGCGGGUGAAGCGUUUGCCAACCAUAGUUCGAGGAGGGGCCAUCGACAGAUACUGGCCUACAGCUGAUGGGCGUCUGGUUGAGUAUGACAUAGAUGAAGUAGUGUAUGAUGAAGACUCACCUUAUCAGAACAUUAAAAUUCUACACUCAAAGCAAUUUGGAAAUAUUCUCAUUCUUAGUGGGGAUGUUAAUUUGGCAGAGAGUGAUUUGGCAUAUACCCGGGCCAUCAUGGGCAGCGGCAAAGAAGAUUACACUGGCAAAGACGUACUGAUUCUGGGCGGUGGAGAUGGAGGAAUAUUAUGUGAAAUAGUCAAACUGAAACCAAAGAUGGUCACUAUGGUAGAGAUUGACCAAAUGGUGAUUGAUGCAUGUAAGAAAUACAUGCGGAAAACGUGUAGUGACGUCUUAGACAAUCUCAAAGGAGACUGCUAUCAGGUUCUAAUAGAAGACUGUAUUCCAGUACUGAAGAGGUACGCCAAAGAAGGAAGAGAGUUUGAUUAUGUGAUUAAUGAUUUGACCGCUGUUCCGAUCUCCACAUCUCCAGAAGAAGAUUCCACAUGGGAGUUUCUCAGACUGAUUCUUGACCUCUCAAUGAAAGUAUUGAAACAGGAUGGGAAAUAUUUUACACAGGGGAACUGUGUCAAUUUGACAGAAGCCCUGUCGCUCUAUGAAGAACAGCUUGGGCGCCUGUAUUGUCCUGUGGAAUUCUCCAAGGAGAUCGUCUGUGUCCCUUCAUACUUGGAAUUGUGGGUAUUUUACACUGUCUGGAAGAAAGCUAAACCCUGAAGAUGACUAUCCCCACAAUUGUGCUGCAGAUAGCCUUCCUGACCUCCAU